GAGGAGCGAGAGCAGGAGCGGAAAGCGCAAACUCUCGCGGGAAGACGCGUCGUUGCCUCGGUAACCGCGUCGCACAUGCGGAAGAUGGCGGGACGGAGUGUUGUGCGGAGGGGACGCAGCGUUCCCGGGACUCCGCUCCCGCCGCGCGGGCGGCACCCUGCCAGUCCUCGACGGGACCUCCUCGCUCAGGAGGAAGAAUAUAAGCGUGUAAAUGCAGAACUGGAGGCAAAAACAGCUGAGCUGGUUCGACAAGCUGAAGAAGUAAUCCGAGAUCAGCAAGAGGUGCGUUCUAGGCCUGUUUCAUCGCACGUCAAAUCAUAUGAAGAGGGAGAUGAUUGCAGUUUAAAAGGGCUAUUAUCUGAAGGGAAGCUCAGUCUGCAGUCGGAAACUAAGCUGAAGACCAAAAACAGUGGUCCUGUAAAGAAGAUUCAAAACCAAUCACAUUCUUUAAAUAAAGGAAAGAAAGCAAAUUCAAGCGUAAAAUUAAAAUACUCAGAGAUGCACACGGCUGAUGAUGUUGCCAUUCCAGAAGAUUUCUCAGAUUUUUCUCUUGCAAAAACAAUUAGCAGAAUUGAAGGGCAGCUGGAGGAAGAAGGCUUGCCUGAAUGUGUAGAUGACGAUAUUUUCUCUGGAGUUAGUAAAGACAUUGGGACAGAAGCACAGAUCAGAUUUCUAAAGGCCAAACUCCGUGUUAUGCAGGAGGAGUUGGAUAAUAUUGUGUGCGAAUGUAAUAAAAAAGAAGAUGAAAUUCAGAAUUUAAAGACUCAAGUAAAAAAUUUCGAAGAAGAUUGUGGGAGACAGCAGCGAACAAUUGGUAUGCAACAAUCUCAACUAGAAAAAUAUAAAACUCUGUUUGAAGAAGCAAACAAAAAAUGUGAUGGAUUACAACAACAGUUAUCUUCAGUGGAAAGGGAAUUGGAAAAUAACAAAAGACUUCAAAAACAGGCUGCCACUAGUCAAAGCGCCACAGAGGUUCGCCUGAAUAGAGCUCUGGAAGAAGCGGAAAAGUACAAAUUGGAGUUAAGCAAAUUAAGGCAAAACAACAUGGAUAUAGCAAAUGAAGAACACAAAAAAAUUGAAAUAUUAAGAGUAGAAAACAAGAAACUGGAAAAACAAAAAGGAGAGUUAAUGAUAGGAUUCAAGAAACAAUUAAAAUUAAUUGAUGUUUUAAAACGACAGAAGAUGCAUAUUGAAGCUGCUAAGAUGUUAUCUUUCACCGAAGAAGAAUUUAUGAAGGCACUUGAUUGGGGAAAUACAUAAUUUAUGUAAACGAUUUAAGUCUCUGAUCACGCAUUGUUGUGAAGAAAUCCAUAGAUUUGAGAUAUAAAAAUGUUAUGUUACUUAGGUAUGUAAUUAGAGAUGGAACUAUU